CUCGAACUCGCCAUCAUGUGCAAGGCCGUCAUUUGCUGCCGCGUGUCCCCGCUCCAAAAGGCGCUCGUCGUCAAGCUCAUCAAGAAGAACCAAAAGUCGAUUCUCUUGGCCAUCGGCGACGGCGCCAACGACGUCAGCAUGAUCCAGGCCGCCCACAUUGGCAUCGGCAUCUCCGGCGUCAAGGCAAGUCUUUCGCUGCCCUCGCUGUGCACGAGCCUGACCGACGCCGUGCAGGGCCUGCAAGCCGCGCGCUCCGCCGACAUUGACAUCUUGCAGUUUCGCUUCCUCAAGAAGCUACUCUUGGUUCUCGGGGCCUGGAGCUACCAGUGCCUCUCAAAGCCCAUCCUCUACUCGUUCUACAAGAACAUCGUGCUGUACAUGCAGUUCUAGUUCUCAUUCUUCAACAACUUUUCGGGCCAGAUCGCGUACAAGUCCGAGACCCUGUCCUUGUACAACGUCUUCACCGUCCUCCCGCCACUUGUCAUCGACGUCUUUGACCAGUUCGUCUCAGCCCGCAUCCUCGAUCACCAUCCUCAGCUGUGCAUGCUCGGGCAGCAAAACGCGUUCAUCAUAAAAACCGCGUUUUGGCUCUGGGUCCUCAACACCCUCUAUCGCAGAGAAGCGCACGAAGUCCGAGCAAUGGCUAGAAGAAGCAUAAAGAAGUGUCUCGUCUUAGUGAAGAUUGCAAGGAGCCUGCAAGGCUGAUGUCAGUACUGCCCCGACGCACUCUCGACGCCCUCGCGCCGCCUUCAACCUACGUGACUCGGACACUGCACGAAAGAUUCACUUUUACUUUUGCUCCGCUGAGUCCUCCCCGCUUUCCAGGUUCUUAUAGCGCGGUAUUCCCACUUGGUCGGCUGGCUGGGCAAGGUUCGACGCCCUCGCCUCAUUGCUCUCCCUACGCACACCGGGCAGAGCACCCGCCCUCGCAUCGUCUCCGUCGUCUCCGUCGUCCUCAUCCUCGUCGUCCUCUGGCCAACAUCACCAGCAGAACCACCCCUCGGCCUCGGCCGCUCGUCGCCCGCAGCAGCAGUACACCAACUUCGCGGCAUGCGGCCCCACUCUACGCAGCACCUUUCAGCUCCCCUUUUCACCACAUUGCUUCUCCUCCCCUCCGCCGAACCCCCACCCCGCCCGUGUCCGCCCACGUGACGACGCCGCAGACCACUUUGGGCCACCCACCAAGCGGAUUGCAGCGCUCCCGUUCCUCCUCGCUCUCGCUCGACGAGAUGCUUCUCCAAGUCGCCACUGACGACCGCUCCCACGCUGGCUCCCCCACCGGCGCCCUCCUCGCGCUCUCGGCCUCUGCCGGCGCAGUACUUACCGAGCCUAAGAAGAUCAUGGAUCUCAGAGGACAUUCUCGAUGAUCUCGACAAGCACCUCAUAUCCUCGGCUGCCUUAGGUUUGUCUAUCGCAAGAUGUGGGUGCGUCGCUGCCGUCUCUUUCCUCGUUGACGCCGUUCUCCUUUCUUGCCAAGUUUGCCCUUGGCAGCAAGCGGAACGACAGUGCCGAUAAGUCGCUUGAGGCUUACGAGUCCGCUACUGAAUUGGCGGUAUCCGUGCUCCACCGCCGCACCCUAAUCGUCUCGGGCGUUCAACGACCCCGUUGCCGAGCUCGACACACUUUCUGAAAGGAGUUACAAGGACUCGACCCUCAUCACGCAGCUUCACCGCGACAGCCUGACCCUUUAGACAUCGGACGGGGUUGAUUCUGCCGACACGUCUUUGGAGAUGGUCGCUGCUGAGGAUGUUCUUCACAGCGUCGUCCCAGGCCAGCGUUGCAGCUGCGCUCGCAAACGACCGACCUGAAAAGACGGUAGCGUGGAGGCGGUCGACAGGUUACUCUCUAGACAGGCGAGCAAGCCAGUCGAUGGCGUACGUGGUCAGAGGCAGCGAGAGAAGCGCCGUGUACGCGUGCAGGAAGACCCCUCACCGCCGAGAUGGCGUAGAAGAACGCGUCCGGAACGAAGUACUGCUCGAUCAGGGGCUCCAACUCGGUCUCUUUGAGCGUCGGCCCCAGGUCGGGAUGCUAUGCUCGAUAAGGGCACGCUGGAGCAAGGAGAGAUGUCGAGCGACCACGAAGGAGCCGGGAGGGAGGGGGGAAGUAUUGCAGAGUCUAUGAUGCAGAGGCAAGAGGCCUACUUGACAUCAAGUGGGUCGGAGAAGAGGCCGUGUCUUGAUCUUAUUAGAAUAAGCAAUUAGCACAUGCAGGACUUCGCAGGGAAACACUCUGACAUCGAAACC